GCCCCCGGGCUGGUUGCCGUGACAACGACGAAGCGAUCCCGUCGCAUUCCCUGUUGUUGCGCUUGUUGUUUCCCCGGCAACAGCCACACAACUUCGGGACAACAUCCGGAAGGACCUUGUUGUCCUUGUCCUAACGUGGAUUGAAAUACGGCUGCAAGUGUUGGGAUUUUUAGGAAACUAGAAACGGAGCGCUAUGGCGACUAGCCUGCCUUUUCUGGACAGCAGCGACCCACGUCUCAAACUCACCGUGGAAAACAGAACGAAAAACGUGUUUGUGACACAGCCUGAGGACAGGCCCAAAGAAGAAAAUGUCAACCAUAUACCUGUUGUGACAGAGACAGCUUGUCAUCUCCUGGAAGCUGGGCUGAACACUUUGCAAAAGACAUUAGUUCUGCAGAAACAAGCAGAGUUGGAAGAAGUGAGCCGGCUGCUGGCUCUUAAGCAGAAGGACUUUCAGGGCCGUGUAGAGGGUUUAGCUCAGCGACGCUCUGAACUGGAGCUCAAACAACAGCAGAAUAAAGACAGAGUGAGCAAGUUUGAGAAGUUUGUGGCUGAAAAUGAAGUGAAGCAGCAUCAAGCACUUAAGAAGUAUAAGGAUGCACGGGAGCAAAAUAUGAUUAAACAGAAAGAUAUAGAAAGGUUGACAAACAAGCUCAAACAGCUUCGAACCAGACAGCAUGUUUUAAAGGACAGAAUGACCAAAUACAAAAUCUAUGAGGACUAUUUGGUGAAAACAAUCAACUUCCUCCCAAGCAGUUACCUUGAAAAUGACUCGGAAUCCUUAGUUUUGCCCAUCAUUCGGCGGCACGAAACCCUCUCCAUCACUCACCAGGAGCUUCUGCAGCGCCUGGAAAAAAUGGAAGAUGAAAUGGAGAAGAAUCAACAACAACUGCAGACCAUGAAUCAGGAACAUGGCAUUAAAAAGCUGAUGGCCAAUAAAGAGCUGUCAGAACUACAGAAUGAGUUAGAGGGUCUCAAAGAUUUGAACAAGCAGGCUGAGAUUUCACUGCUAAUGGAACAAGGCCAGUCUAGAGAAAAGGUGGAGGAAGUGGGAAGUAUCCUCAUGGCCAUUAAUAAUUUGGCAGAGCGAUGUUAUCUUCCCACAUAUGGAGCACUUGAAGACACAAGUGUAUUAACGAUGAUGGACAUGGUUGAGGAGUACAUUCUGGACAAGGCAGACACAGAGCGGAGGGCGAGGAGGCUGAUGGAGUCUGCCUCUGCAGUGGCACCUCUGGCUGACAAGAAAGGGAGAGGGUCUGUGAAAAAUAUGGGUCCUAAACAACAAAUCAAAAGUCCAAGUAAAGUCAGCAAAAAGAGUGGCACAUUUAGUUAA